AUGAAGACCGUGGCGGCUCUGUUGUCAAUGGCGGCUAUGGCCCGCGCUCUAGUAGCGACCACCUCCGAACCAUCGCUCAGCCAGAUUAAGGCUGCGAUGGCAACAACCUUGCCUGAAUCUCCCGUUUCGAACGUCAAAGGUGUUGCCUUUGAUCGCUUCUACCAGGUUUGGAUGGAGAAUGUGGGGUAUGCCGAUUCAGCGGCUGAUACCAACAUGCAAUGGCUUGCCUCCCAGGGAAUCUUGCUGACCAACUACCAUGGCGUUACUCACCCAUCGGAGCCCAAUUACUGUGCUGCAGGUGGUGGUGAUACUUUUGGGAUGGAUUGGGACGAUUUUUUCCAGGUCCCUGAAAACGUUUCUGCUGUCCCAGAUCUGUUGGAUACCAAGGGUAUCUCAUGGGCUGAAUACCAGGAGCAUAUGCCGUACCCUGGCUUCCAAGGCUUCAAUUAUUCUAAUCAAGAGACAUUUGAGGACGACUAUGUGCGCAGGCACAACCCUCUGGUUCUCUACGAUUCUGUGGUCAAAAAUGAGACGCGUGCUCGUCAGAUCAAGAACUUCACCAACUUUGAAGAAGAUCUUGCAAACAAAAAGCUUCCUCAGUGGGCUUUCAUCACCCCGAACAUUACGAAUGAUGCCCACGAUACAAAUAUUACCUUCGGUGCUAAGUGGGAGCGCAACUGGAUGUCCUCUUUGCUGAAGAACGAGUACUUCAUGAACAACACCCUUGUCCUUCUCACUUUUGACGAAGAUGGUGCUAUUGUAAGUGGCAAAAAAUACUCGUACGAUCAGGGCAAUCGGGUUUAUAGCAUCUUGCUUGGUGGGGCUAUUCCGGAUAACUUGAAAGGCACCAAGGACGAUACGUUCUACACACACUACUCGAGCAUCGCAUCCGUAUCUGCUAAUUGGGGCCUUCCAUCCCUGGGUCGCUGGGAUUGCGGUGCUAAUAUCUUCGAGCUUGUGGCUAACAAGACCGGCUAUAUCAACUAUGAUGUUGAUCUGACCAAUCUGUAUCUGAACGAGACCUACGCUGGCCCAUUGACCACCGGAGAGUUGGAUGAGUACUUUGAUAUUUCGUCUACUCUGAAGAAAGUGGCAGGCUCCUCAUGGACCUGGCCUGUUCCCAACACUGACGCCAAGUGCUCAGCUGGUCACGGUGUGCUCGACGUGGUGAAGAAGACAUACAGUGGCAUGAGUGCGACCCAUAAUUACACAUCUCCCUACCCUUGGGAUGAAACCAGCGGCUAUAACACUAAUGUGACCGUCAGUCGCAAAUCAUCCAACAGCACUUCAAGCAGCACUAGCUCCUCUACCAGCGCGACUGCCACUGACUCUGGUGCCGGUGCCGGUACUGGACCAAGCUUGGGUGCUACUCUUGGAGCUAUGGUUGCUCUCUUUGCUUUGUUGCAAUAG